AUAUAAAAAGGAAAAAUUGAUUUCAUAUGAUGACCAUUUCAUUUUCUAGGCUCUCAUCGGAACGUGGUUUUUUUUCUUCAGAAUUCUCGUUAAUUAAUUUUCGAACUGCAUUAUUAAAAAUGAUGAAACUGUUACUUUUAGUUUGUGCUAUUUUCGCAGUUACAUCUGCAGAUUUUACUCGCAAAAAUGCAGCUGAAAUUAAAGCAGCACGUGAAGCAUGCUGGGAUGAAUUACAUUUAUCUGAUAAUUUUAGAGAAUCAAUGAAAAAAUAUGAAUAUCCUGAUGAUGCAGCUAUUCAUCAAGCUAUUAAAUGUACCGGUCUUAAAUUAGGUGUUUGGUGUGAACAUGAAGGUUACCAUAGAACUGAUUUAAUUACACAAUUCGGUGAAGAUGCUGCUCCUAUUUUUGAUAAAUGCCUUUCAAAAAGAACUGAUUAUGAUUCUGUAGAGAAGUGGGCCUGGCAUGAUUGGAAAUGUUUCGUUGAUAACGGAUUAAAAGAUCAUUAUAAGAAGGUUGAAAACUAAAUAUCUAACAAUAUUAAUAAAUUAAUGUUAAAAAUCAAAACACCAUUUUGUGCAUCUCAUUGCCAUACAAUUAAUGUUAUUUUAAAAAUUAAGAAGUUGUUAAAAAUAAAUUAUUAUUAAAGUUUAAAAAAUUUUUAGUUUUUGAAA